AUGUUGUCGAAUGAUAUCUAUCAUUACGAGCAGGCCGAGACGUCCGCCGAAUCGCGGAACAAGCCCAAUAUGGCCUACGACUGUUCCCACGUUCUCGACAACAACUCGCUACGCGCUCUACAUCAUGACGACGACGAAGAUCAGGUGCAUCGAACCGCUUCACAGGUGGUGGCUUCGUUUUCGAAGCAGAAGUUAAAGCAGGAGGCGUUGAAGAAGUUCAUACCUGGGGAGCCGUGUGUUGUUUGUGGAGACGCCGCUUCUGGGAUUCAUUAUUCUGGUAAGGGUUUUGAAUUUUGUGUUUUGCUUUUAGGUAAAAACGAUGGUGGAAAGCUUAAUCUAUGGACUAGGAAAAGAUUGCUUUAUAUAAAUUUACCGGCCAAUAUUGAUAUAGGCUUAUAAACUUGAUUCUUCUUACAAAAAACCUUAUUAUAAGCUGGAUAUGAAGUUCAUUAACUAGUUUUAAGUAGUAAAAACCCUAAAGAAUAGAUUUCGUAUCUAUUAUUUAAGUAGUAAAAAUUCUAAAGAACAAUAUGCCGUCUCAUAAUUCUCUUUGUCAUCUCAGUACGACCUAAAUAACAAAAAUCUUAUUGUAGUAUCAAGUUGCAACGGGUGCAAGACAUUUUUCCGUCGGGUACUAAUAGAAAACAGGACGUAUUCAUGUAAAGGAGAUGGAAAUUGUCCUAUCGAUAAAGAUAUGCGAUGUUCAUGUCGGCAUUGCAGGUUUAAAAAGUGUCUGCAAGUUGGAAUGGACGGAACUGGUAAGGUUUUUUAAUUUUUAGGCCUAAUUCUGAAGUUUUAAACUUAAAAAAAUGAGGAUAUUACACUUGUUUUGAAGUUCUUUUAUAUUUUUUUUUGAAAAAUGAUUGGCAUUAUGUCGAAAAUAAUUAAACAGUCUUUCUAUAACAAUAUAACGCCACAUAAAUUAAUAUAGGUAAACCGUUAUGUUCUUGAUGUAUAUAAACCUUAUAUCUUCCAGAACUGAACAUAGAACGUCGACGAAAGCGAAAAAUCAUCGACGCACCGAAGCCAGAGACCUCGAUCAACGAAAUUCAAGAUGAUAUUGUGAAGGACCUCAUAGUAAAAGAACGCAAAUUCCUAAAACUGUUAACCUCUACCUUAUCACCGAUUCAUGCUUCGAUAGAUGAGGCACUGAUAGAUGACCUUUCCACCUUUGAUAUGUUUGAAAGGUUUGAACGACAUCAACUUGCUGCUGAAGAUCAGAUGAACUUUUCGUAUUGGAGAGCCAAGAUUCUGUCGACUGUCAUCGAGUGGGCCAAGAGCUUUCCGGAGUUUCAGGUGGGUGGGGUAAAUUGAUUUUUUAAAGUUUAGGGGUUCAGAAGCGUUUUUGGAAGAAUGUCUAAACUUGGUGCCAACAUUAAUAUCUAAAAGUCGCUUUGUUACUCAAAAUUUAAUUCAAAUACAUAAAAGUCCUCUUCAAUACCUAAAGUUCUAUUUUAUAAUCAAAAGGUCAACUUUAUUACCUAAAAUCCUAGUUUAUAAACAAAAGUUCAAUUUUGUUACCUAAAAUACAAUUUGAAUACUAAAAAUUCAAUGUUGUUACCUAAACCUUUGUAUUUUUCAGAACCUCUCACGUAAAGACCGCGAAUCCCUAAUAGUACACUCGUCCUUCUCCAACCUGGUACUAUCCGAAGCCUUUCACACUCCAGAACGCUUCACAGAUCGAAUUGUGUUUCCGGAUGGGUUAAGCGGCUUUAGGAAUUUGACUGCCAACAUUCUAAAGGAACGCUCAGGCUUAAUACCAACGGUCGUAGCUGUCAUUAACAAUAUACUGGUACCGAUUAGGAAGAUGAGAAUGACCGAAAUUGAAUACGUACUAUUACAGGCUAUUAUCUUCUUUGAUAGAGGUGGGUUUUGACUGUUUUUGGGCUUGUGUUGAUUACCGUGUUUUCUUUAGGUUUAGACUGAUUACUGUACCAUUAAUUUACUAUCAAGUUUUUAAAGUUUAAAUAUGAGGUUGUUUACUUAAUUCUGCGCCCCCUAACCCCGAAAAUUUUCUUUGAGAGGGGCACAGAAUCAUUUGAACAACCCAAUAUGUUCAAAUUAAAAAUUUCAAAAAAUUUUUUUAGAAUGCAUAUCAUUGAGCGACGAAUGCACAAAAGUUGUUCACACCAAAAGGAAACAGUUGUUAGAUGCCCUCCGGAGGCAUCUGGAUAGCAAAUACUUGAAAAAUGAAAGCGCUCAUAGGUUUGCCGCCUUAUUACUCAGGAUCUCAAAUGUACAUGUAAGUCUAUAUCAAUAUAUCAAGCUUGUUAUAAAAAGUUAUUUGAUAGUCUUUAAAAACACUAUUUUAUCUUGUGACAGUAUACAAAUUGACUUUUGUUACCUUAAAAGCUGUAAAACUGAAAUUGAAAAGUGUUGCAGCCUGCGGGUGACAAGUUAUACGCAAAAUUCUGAAAUUCUGUUGUAUAAAUUUCUUGCUUGGACAGUUCGAACGAUUGUAAAGUAAACUCGUAAAAUACGUCUUGUAAAUUAAUUAUUUACAAAUUUUCAUCAAUGUCAUUUUCAGAAAGUCGCCGCCUUCAAACGCGAAACCCUGUGCACGAUAGAAACCUUCAACUUAAUGUCCCCUCACCCACUAACCAUGGAGAUCUCAAAGAAAUACCCAGAUGUUUCUUUCUUCUAA